AAGCGCGGGAGAGUCCUUCAUCAGUAAUCAGAAUGGACGGUCACGAUCUAGAGAUGGAAAAAGCUCGACUGCUGAGCCUAGCCCUCGAUUUCGGAUUCGAUGAAGAAUCUGCAAUGAAAUGUUUGGAUCGUUUGGUCCAUCUCUACGGUGAUGAUGGUCAAGAUUUUAUCACCGUGGAGCAUUGUGGUGAUGAUUUUCUUGCAGCGCUUGUUGAAUCCGUGGAAGAUAGCGAAGAUUGGGAUGAUUUACAAGCUAUUGAAACAGAAGCUUGUGGAACUUUGAAUGACAUGUUUGAUAACGAUGUCCUUCAUGGUUAUGGAUCAGAUUAUGGUAUUUAUAGAGAAGGCUAUAUCAAUGCUACAGAAUAUUCAUAUGAACCUCAAAAGCAUCAAAAUUUUGUACAGUUAGAUUCUUCUAGUGACAGUGAAGAUUCAAGUUUUAGAAUUCUAGACAAGAAGGGUGCUGCACCAACCUCCCCCUCUUGGCCAGAUGGAAGCAGUAGUGCAUUCACCCAGAGUUCAAUCAAACAUGCUUCAAGAUCUGUGGACUCCAAGAUCAGUGUCAUUCAAGGUUCAGUUUCAUCGAUUUCCAAUAAAAGGGCACGCUCUCAAAUGUCAGAAGAUGAAAAUGGGACUCUCAGUUAUGAGGCCUUACUGGAUUUGGAUGAUUUUGAACUGGCAAAUGUCGUGAUAUUUGGCAACCGGACAUUUCGACCACUUCAGCAUCAGGCUUGUAAAGCAUCUGUGACAAAGAGAGAUUGCUUUGUUCUUAUGCCCACUGGAGGUGGUAAAAGUUUAUGUUACCAGCUUCCAGCUACUCUGCAACCAGGUGUUACAGUCGUUGUAUGUCCCUUACUUUCACUCAUUCAGGAUCAGAUAAUCACACUGAACCUCAAUUUUGGAAUACCAGCAACCUUUUUGAGUUCACAACAAACUGCAUCCCAAGCAGCAGCUGUCCUCAAAGAGCUAAGGAAAGAUAAACCAUCUUGCAAGCUCUUGUAUGUAACUCCUGAGAGAAUUGCUGGAAACUCUACAUUCUUUGAGAUCCUAAAAUCCUUGCAUUGGAAGGGACAAUUAGCCGGCUUUGUUGUUGAUGAGGCACACUGUGUGAGUCAAUGGGGACAUGAUUUCCGUCCAGAUUAUAGGGAAUUAGGAUGUCUCAAACAGAAUUUUCCUGAUGUUCCAGUGAUGGCAUUAACUGCCACUGCAACACAACCUGUCCGCAAGGACAUCUUAAAUUCUUUAAGAAUCCCCCAUGCUCUUGUCCUUGAGACAAGCUUUGAUAGAUCCAACUUAAAGUAUGAAGUGAUUGGUAAGACCAAGGAGCCACUGAAGCAGCUUGGACAACUACUAAAGGAUCGUUUCAAAAAUUUGUGUGGAAUUGUAUACUGCCUUUCAAAAAGUGAAUGUGCAGAGGUUUCAAAGUUUUUGAAUGGGAAAUGCAAGAUCAAGACAGUAUACUACCAUGCUGGAUUAUCAGCUCGCCAAAGAAUUGACGUUCAAAAGAAGUGGCAUACAGGGAAGGUUCACAUCAUAUGUGCGACUAUUGCCUUUGGGAUGGGAAUCAACAAGCCAAAUGUUCGUUUUGUUAUCCAUAAUACAAUGUCCAAAUCAAUCGAAAACUAUUAUCAAGAAUCUGGGAGGGCAGGAAGAGAUGACCUUCCUGCAGUGUGCAUGGCUCUGUACCAGAAGAAGGAUUUCAGUCGGGUUGUAUGCAUGUUACGAAAUGGGCAUGGAUGCAAAAGUGAAACCUUCAAGGAGGCGAUGACUCAAGCUCGUAAGAUGCAGCAGUACUGUGAACUCAAGACCGAGUGUAGAAGACAAACCUUGCUUGAACAUUUUGGAGAAUCCUUAGACAGAAAAGCCUGCAAGAACGGCUGUAAUCCUUGUGAUAACUGUCUCAAAACUUAGCUCAAUCCUUUUUCAUGAGAGCCCUAAAGAUGGUCUCAACCUGUACAACCAAAACCAGAGGCAGUGAGAAGGCCAAAAAUGGCGUUUGUCUGCUGGGAAAAUAUGCAAGAAAAUAGUCUGGCUUGAGGUAAGCUGAUUGAGUCUUCUUGUUGGUAGUUAUAUUUUUACCCUCUUCAGUUACCCAAGCCAUAGUCAUUUUCACAUUCAAUUUUGUAGCAGACUGACAACAUUCUCUGUCACCUCUUUAGUUCUUGUACCAUGCACCAUGUAUAAGUCCUCUUGUGGAAUAUGUGAGUAUAAAUUGUUGACUUUAUUGCCUCCA